AUGUCCACUCUUACAUGCAUCGCAAUCCUCUUGUCGCCGGCCAGUGUUGCUGCUACCGGCUCAAUCUUCCAAGACAAUUCGGGUCUCCUGUCGAACCUGCGUCGGGAUAACGACCUCUCUGUCAAUCCUCCUCUGGAUCAGUCUCUCCUGGCCAUCCAGGUUGGCGGCAUUGUCGGGGCAUACGUGAUCUUUGUCGCCGUGCUCCUGACACUACUACUCUUUAUAGGACGACGCCUACGCCGGACCGUUCAGUCAUCCAACUUUAGCCUCCAGGUAGAAAUGAUGAAGCCGGUCAAGCCGUCCGUCAGUAUCGAUCCGAGUCCAGUCACUCCCAUCUCUGCCAACCUUCCCAGUCCCAACCGACCGAACAACUUCAGCAGGUCCUGGAGCAGUUUGGCCCGGGGGUCAAGGUCUCACAUGUCCGGGAAUGGCAGCGCCGCCACCAUCGAUGAGUCGGUGGUCGCGUAUGAUAGGCGCCGGGCGCAGGAGGAGAUGGAGAUGCUUUACGCCGCCGUGCUGGAGCACGACGAGCAGAAAGCGGCUGGGGCAGCGAGCUCGGAAGAGGAGAAGGACGUGCAGUCCCCCGACAGCGCCGUGACGAAUCCCUUCACCGACCGUUCGUCACGUAUCUCCGAGGGCCCCUCGGCGAUUCCGAUGAAGUCCCCGACCAGUCCGAGGAGCUCACGCCUGUCCAAGAUCUCCUCCUUGUCCCUGUUCAAUUCGAACACGAACCCCAAUCCCAACCCGGCUCAGCGACCUCCUGCCAGCGCUAGUAAGCUUCGAUCUCCGCGGCUUGCCUUUCGAAAAUUACCUAUAUCGUCCCCCGUGGGCUCUCCAGAUGUGGCCGCUUCUGCCUCGUACGGCGAAGAACAACCGCCGCUGACACCGCGGUUCUACAAUCCGCCUCCGCCACCAACGCCUCCGGCCGCCAUCGGCCGAGCACCUCACGAGAGGGUCUCGAGCGGGGGCAGGGCACCCGUCCCAGCACCGUUGACUCUGUCGACGGUCAGCAGUCACGGGUCCUCCUCGUUGCCCUUCCGAGAUGCGUUCCCCCUGCAGAGUGCACCGGCCACCAAGACCACGGUCUUGGAGCGACCGGAGAAACCGAUGGGGGGUCCUCGGACGGGGCUACCGACGCCGUACAGUCCGUACAUGCCCUUUACACCUGUAACCCCCCUCACACCCAGCCGAAUUGUCACCAAGCGCCAACGGAAGCGGGAGGUCAAGGAGAACGGGCUGCGGGUGUUGAACGAGGAUGAUAUGGUGCGGGAUGAUGGGGAUGUGUGGGGAUAA